AUGUCAACACAGUCCAAAACAAGUCAAGAUUGGAGUGCAGCGCAGUACCUCAAAUUCGAAGAUGAGCGCACACAGCCUGCGCGCGAUCUUCUAGUCCGAGUCCCUCUAAAGACUCCUCCAAAGAGGAUUGUCGAUCUCGGCUGUGGCCCUGGUAACUCGACCGCCAUACUGGAGUCGCGGUUCCCAGACGCGCACCUAGUAGGGAUGGACUCAUCCCCGGACAUGAUCCGCAAGGCCAAAACUGCCCUCCCACAUCGUGAUUUCACGGUGGAUGAUCUACGUACCUACAAGCCUGAGGGGCCCGUGGAUCUCUUCUUCUCAAAUGCAGUGCUCCAAUGGCUUGGUAGAGAGGAGCGAUUUACCAUUGUCAAGAAAUUGAUGGAGAGUCAACCCUCUGGGGGCGUGUUCGCCCUUCAAGUUCCUGAUAACCUCAUGGAGCCUUCUCAUGUCUUGAUGCGCGAGACCGCUGAGAAUGGACCCUGGGCGGCUACACUUCAGAGUGUUGGUCGGGACAGCUUUCAGACACCGCGAGAAAUCUAUGAUCUUCUGAAGCCUGUUUGUUCUCAGGUGGACAUCUUCCACACAAGCUACAACCACAGUUUGGAGAACCAUGCGGCGAUCGUCGAAUGGGUCAAAGGGACCGGACUGAGACCAUAUUUGGACCCUCUCUCUCCUGAAGAACAAAAGGGCUUCCUCAGUGAAUAUUUGAGACGCCUGGAGAAAGCUUACGUGUCGACAUAUGACGGCCGGGUUUUGCUUGCUUAUCCGCGACUCUUCGUCAUUGCAGUGAAGAAGUGA